CAAUUUUCGUAUGUCCGUUUGUUCAUCACAGAGCAAAGAAAGCAUUCAUCAUCUUUAAAAAAUUUCGCUUUUUGAACAACUAUUGUUGCCGAAAUUACUUUAUUAAUUGAAAUGGAAGCAAGAGCUCUCGUCGACCAUUUGAAACAGUUGUCUGAUGAUCCUCAAAACAGAUCAACGAUUGUCAAGGACAGAGGCUGUCUUGCCGGUCUAGUGCUAUUCCUUGAUAACAGUGAUACGUAUGUGAUUACAACAGCUUUACAGGCUUUGAAGAAUCUCUCUGAACACAAGCCUAACAGAAAUGCUAUGAAAAAAGAACUGGGAAUGUUAGAAAGCUUGAGAGCCAUCAUGCACAGGAAUGAUGUUAAAGCCAAACAAUUAGCCACAGAAAUCUAUGGCACCUUGAACCAUUCACACCAACAGCAAGCACGACCCACAACCAACAUUUCAAGUCGUCCACCAUCAGUCUUAGGGAACACGUCUCGAAGAACAAAAACAUAUACCAUACAGAUUAAAGGCCUCACAAGUCAGAUAACGAAACGUAUUUGCGAAGAACAAUUGCUCACUGUCCGUGGCCUCGUGAGUUUUACCUUUGACAUGACCAAAUCACGUUGUAUAGUUCGAGCAAGACCAGAGACAACAGCGGAGACAAUUUGUCAGACCAUAAAUAAAACAAAAUUACUCACAGCACAACAAAUUGUGAAAAAUGAACAAGGCGAAGAGAUGAAUUUGUGUUUCAAGUCGGUUAGUCACAACAAAAGCCAAAACAAAAGCUACGCUCUUGAGCAGUCAAAAUCUUCCCGAUUAUCUUCCAGAAGACGACGAAGCUCCAGCAACCAAAACGGCAUUGGCUCGAGUAAAAAAAUCGCAGGACAAAGAGAACCAAGGCUGGUUCGGUUCCGUCGGCAGUUUUAUAAGCAAAACGCUUUAUUGGUGAAAUUCUUAUGCUAUGGAAUUCCAUAGCUACAAAUCUAUCAAGGAACAUUGUAAAUUUGUACUGCAAAGGUUAACACAAACCUAGUGUAAAGAGAAAGGUUUUAUUGUUUAUGUGGUGCCAAUGCAACCGUUGAUUCAACAUUUUGUACAAAGGCAAAUGUUCUAGGAAGCGUUUUGACAAAAUGACAAAAAGCCAUACUUCGUUGUAAUUUCAAAAGUUUAGUUAAGCGUUUUCUUCGAUGGCAUGUAUACAGAUACACCGUUUAUUUGAAACGGGCUUCAGAGGGCGAAUCCCAAGCAAUCUGUUGUAUAGAUUAGCCAUUUUUUUGAACUAUCUUUAGAAAGAGCAUCACAGUAUUUGAAAUUCAUUAAAUCGCCUGAAAAAUUCUCUCA